GAUAGUUGAGACUGAGACAUUAGGAUAUUUUGGUCUUAAUUUGAUAAUUAUAAAUAAUAUUGGUGAGAAUUAUUUUUAUUAAAAAAAAAGAAUAUAUGCAAUUCAAUUUUAGUUAAAUAUUUGAAAAUUCUUUGAAUGGGAGAUAUAUCUGAAAUUUGGUGACUGUAGCGGGUAAUGUUAACAACGUGGUCAAAUUUUGUUAAAUUAAUAAAAUAUAAUUCUUUUAUUUCUGUCAGACUAAACGUUAUUAAUAAUUUGAAUAUAAGAAGUUUAUCAAAAAUGCCGACAGAAAUUAAAAUUGGUACUCAUAAUGGAAUAUUUCAUUGUGAUGAAGUUUUGGCCUGCUACAUGUUAAAAACGUUACCGGAAUAUAAAAAUGCAUCAAUUAUCAGAUCACGAGAUCCGGAAAUUUUGAAAACAUGCGAUAUUGUUGUCGAUGUAGGUGGAGAAUACGAUCAUUCUAGACAUCGAUAUGAUCACCAUAUGAGAGAAUUUAAAGAAACAGCGUCGUCAGUGAUUAAUAAGGAGGGUUAUAAUUGGAAUAUAAAAUUAAGUAGCGCUGGUUUAAUAUACUGUCAUUUUGGUCGUAAAAUAAUAAAGCAAAUUAUUCCCGAAGUUACAGAUGAAAAUGAUAUUGAGGAAAUUUUUAAAAAAGUUUACGACACUUUAAUUCAAGAAAUUGACGGUAUAGACAAUGGAGUUCCUAUGUUUGAGGCAGAGCCUAGUUAUCGAAUUCAUACGAAUUUGAGCGCUAGAGUAAGGGGUUUAAAUGCUCCUUGGAAUAAAAAGGAUAUGGAUGUUGAGGAACAAUUUCAAAAAGCAAUGGCUUUAGUAGGAGAGGAAUUUAACGAAUUUAUUACUUAUGCUGCUCAAGUUUGGCUACCGGCGAAGAAUCUUGUCAAAAAUGCUCUUUUAAAUCGAUUUGAGGUUGAUUCUAGUGGAGAAAUCAUGGAAUUAAAACAACCUUGUCCUUGGACCGAGCAUAUGUUUGCUUUAGAACAAGAAUUAAAUAUCGAUCCAAUUAUUAAAUAUGUGAUUUUCCAGGAUAAUUCGUAUAGAGUACAAGCGGUGCCUGUUCAAUUGGGAAGUUUCGUGUGCAGAAUUUUCUUGCCCGAGGAAUGGGCAGGUUUACGUGACGAGGAACUAUCAACAAUUUCCGGAAUUGAAGAUUGUAUUUUCGUUCAUGCAGCGCGAUUUAUUGGUGGUAAUAAAACAAGAGAUGGUGCUUUAAAAAUGGCAAGGAAAGCUUUGAAAAUCGGUAAAAUCGAAGGGAAAUGAAACUUAAAAAAAAGGGGAAUUAUAAAUAAAACAAAAUAUUAUAUGUAAUUAA